AUGGCGGACGUGCCCAAAGAUCUGUUGGCCGAGAUUAAGAGCCUGGAGGAGGCUUUUGCCGUGGACACGGCUAAGCUUAAGGCGAUUACGAAGCAUUUCGUGGCCGAGCUUGAGAAAGGCUUGAGUGUCGAGGGAGGUAGCAUUCCUAUGAAUCCGACUUGGGUUAUGGACUUCCCCGAUGGAUACGAAACCGGUAGAUACUUAGCGCUGGACAUGGGCGGCACCAAUCUGCGCGUUUGUGAGAUCACUCUAACAGAUAACAAGUCGGAGUUCGAUAUCGUUCAGUCUAAAUACCGUAUGCCUGAGGAACUAAAGACAGGCCACUCGGACGAGCUAUGGGAGUACAUAGCCGACUGCUUGCAGCAGUUCGUGGAAGUACAGCAAUGUGAAAGGCCUGCCCAGGGAAAGAUUCCUCUUGGUUUCACCUUCUCUUACCCUGCCACACAGAACUAUAUUGAUGAAGGUAUCCUUCAGCGAUGGACAAAAGGUUUUGACAUUGAUGGCGUGGAAGGUCAAAAUGUUGUCCCCAUGCUUGAAGCUGCCUUGCAACAACGGGGUGUACCAAUUGUGGUUUCUGCAUUGAUCAACGAUACUACAGGUACACUCAUCGCCUCAGCUUAUACCGACCCAAAGAUGAAGAUCGGGUGCAUUUUCGGAACCGGGUGCAACGCUGCCUACAUGGAAAACUGUGGUUCUAUCCCUAAGCUAGCACAUAUGAACUUGCCUCCUGAUAUGCCCAUGGCUAUCAACUGCGAAUGGGGUGCCUUUGACAACGAGCAUAAGAUACUUCCUCGGACCAAGUACGAUAUCAUCAUCGACAAGGAGUCCCCACGCCCAGGGCAGCAAGCUUUCGAAAAAUGCAUUGCAGGACUGUACCUUGGCGAGAUUUUCCGCUUGAUCAUGGUGGACCUGCACGACAACAAGGAUAUUCACAUCUUCGAGGGCCAAGAUAUCAAAGCCUUGCGGAAACCGUAUUCAUUGGAUGCAUCCUUCCUAUCUGCCAUUGAAGACGAUCCAUUUGAGAACCUACAGGAAACUGCAGAUUUAUUCAAAGAUAAGCUCCACUUGACCUGCACGCAACCCGAGCUAGAGCUUAUUCGUCGGGCCGCCGAGCUCAUCGGUACCCGCGCUGCUCGUCUUUCUGCAUGUGGUGUCGCUGCCAUCUGUACCAAGAAGAACCUGCAGCCUUGUCACGUCGGUGCUGACGGUUCCGUCUUCAACAAAUAUCCUCAUUUCAAAGCUCGAGGUGCUCAGGCUUUGCGGGAGAUCCUUGAUUGGCCGGCCAAGUCUAGCUCGAAAGAGGAGGACCCAGUGGAGAUUUUGGCUGCUGAAGAUGGUAGCGGUGUUGGCGCCGCCUUGAUUGCUGCCUUGACACUCAAAAGAUUCGGUAAAGGCAAUGUUGCAGGUAUCCUGCACCCUGAGAAUUUCCAGUAA